AUGUUGAGAGCACUCAGGAAGGUUCGAUGUCAAGGAAUUUCGGGCCGGUUCUAUUUAUUGCGAUGUCAUCAUCGCUUGCUUGUGGACCUCCACACCGAUUCGAUGAUAUCCCGCCGUUUCAAACCCGUCGUUCAAGUCGAGGACACCGAAGAAUAUCAGUUUGUCUUUGCCAACUUUCGUAUCGCACACGAGAAAGUUGAAGAACAACGUCGACAACUAGAGGAGCAAGAGCAGCAGAUAAUACAACUCCGGGCCCAUGUUCUGCGACUUGAAGGAAACUCGGAGCUUCAGUUCACCGCUGGCGGCAAUUCCAUCGACGACUUUUCCAUCAAAAUCGCGGCAUCUCAGCUUGACAAACUCGUCAACCGCUGGGUAUCGGAUAUAAUCCAGCGGCCCCUCGUGUCGCUGUCCAAGAUAUAUGAUGCUUGUCUGAGUGAUGUCGUGAGUGGGCCCACACCAUUCUCUGGCACACCUAUGCAAGUGCAAUCGCUACUUCGCCAUGCUAUCGCAGAAUGCAUCGCCGAGGGAUUCAUCAACUGUCUUAUCGUCACCAACUCCAAGGAGGCCAAUAUCCAACUUUCGCGAAUCCACGAGCACAUUUUCGCGCGAGACCCGACCGUUGCCGCGGUGUGGCGUCGUCAGACAUUCUCCGCCGCCGUCGAGACGUGCUCUCCAGACAUAUCAUUGGGCAUCUUCUCUGAGCACAUCCCCAAAAUCACAGACUUGCUUGGUUUGCCUGCAUCGUCAGUGGUGGACUCUGCUUUCAAUCUCUCGCGUACCCUCCAUGGCGGCGGCGGCUCCGGCGACGCGUUUUACAGGGCGUUUGUUCCCGAGGUUGGCAGUGCCAUGUAUGCAAGCCAGAUCGAAUUGGUGAAAAGGUGUUUGAGGAAUGAGAACGGUGAGACAGACCGCGUGGGGUGUGCAAUGUUUCCGGGAAUUGUCAAGGUUGGAUUGGAUGGUGCAAAUGUAGUUGUGAGACGAGCACAAGUGAUUUGUGAAUGUGCUCUUAGUGGAUAG